AUGGAUGAUUUACUGAACGCCGGACGACGGGUCUACGACAAGCAUUCGCCUCCUGUACAGCAAGCUGAAAAUCCAACAAUUGUACGCUUGGCGAUGUACAUCGAGGGAAUGUCGUCUUUCCGAACACAAACCAUGGACUUCCAAUUGGACGUCUACUUCCAGCAGUUUUGGAAAGAUCCCCGGCUGGCUCAUAACGAAUCACGGCGAGUGCUUGUUCGUGACAAAGAUGUACUGUCGAAAAUGUGGCAUCCGGAUGUAUACUUUGCAAACGCUCGGAUAGCGGAAUUCCAUGAGGUCACACAACCAAAUUUUCUGCUGUGGAUUGAGCCAGACGGUUCUAUUCUGUACGAUACACGCAUCUCAAUGGUCGUAGUUUGUACGCUGAACCUUGAAAAAUGGCCUCUGGACUCACAACGCUGUCAUCUGCGGAUAUUAAGCUAUGCAUACACAACCGAUCAGCUGCAAAUCGAAUGGGUGGAAGAUACGCCAAUUACGCGAAAUCCACAGAUAGCAAUGUCCGAUAUGCACAUUGUGGACUUGUUUCCUGGCCUUUGCGAUGGUAACUAUUCACGGAUGACUUGUUUGAUUAAAGGGACGUGGAGUUGUGUGACCGCCGAGUUUUUCGUGAAGCGUGAAGUGACUCAUCAUGUGAUGCAGUCUUACGUGCCUACUACUCUCAUCGUCGUCAUUUCAUGGUAA